AUGCCCAUGACGCAGCCUCUCCCUCGAAAGAUCCUUCCGGUGCCGAAACCGAGACGCAGAGUUCAAAAUGGAAAAGGUAAUAGCAGAGCCGCUAGUUCGAGCAAGGUGGCAAAAGCGGGUUUGUCCAUGGCGCAGGAACAGCGCUCGGGUUUGACUCCAGAAGAGAUGGACCGCGCACAGGCUCUGGCGAACAUCACGAACAACUACCAGCGGCCAGACAAGGACCUCAUAGAAGCCAUGGAAAAGCGAGGACGCCGCCAACCCACCAUCACCAACACAAAUACAUCUUCAGCAACCGCCAAACAUGGCUCCCCCACUGCGCCAGACCAUCUUCCAGCAUUCCCGCCGAAUCCCGCAGCACCUUGCAUGGCCCCGACACGCAACCGAGCCCGAAACCGCGGAGGCGACUGGGAAGACCGCGCUCGCCGAUUAAUUGAGCGCAACGACUUAAGUCUGGACCGCGACUGGUCGCGUCUGAGCUGGAAGCAAAAAGCCAAUAACAUUGCACGCCUGAAGCUGCUCAAAGACGACGGCUACGAUAUCCAGCCACUGCUGUGCAAGGGCGUAACCUCGGACCACAUCAUCGACGCUAUCUUCGCGCAUGGGAAGACGAGAACGCGGCGCCAGGCACAGGGUAGUCGUAGCAAUACGGGUUAUAACCGGGCGGCGAGUGAAGGAUCCAGCAAAUCCGUGUCCGAAUUACCUGGAGACAAGGACGGAAAUAGGAUUUCUCAGUCUUGCAGCUCGAGCUUGCAACUGGGGAUUACAAGGCCUGAGGAACUGGGCUGCAUUGCACCGCCGGAAGAAAGUAGAGUGUAUCCAACCACACCCCUCAUACCGCAAAAGCGCAAGCACACUCACGAAGACGAUUACGACUGUACCUGCGGCUUCUCACCCCGCAAACUAGCGCGCAUACUCGCGCCGAGAGAAGUAGCGCGCGAAAUACACGAGCAGGCGUAUACCAUGCUCAAGUGGAGGAUUUGCAGGGUCAUUUUCCGGGCAGCAAGGUUGGAAAGGCGUGGGUGGCGGGUUGAAUCCAGCACUGGCACUGCCGAAGAUGAUGGCGGUGGCGGUGAGGUUGAGGCUGAAAAGACCUUGUCAGUCCCGAAAUCACGAUGCGUACCGUGUGCGGAGGCGAAAACAGCACGGCUGGUUUUUGUCGAGGUUGCGGGUGUGCGGCAUUGGGGCGCUGGUCGAGAUAAAGACGACGAGGACGGAGUGGGAGAUGAACAUGCAGAUGAAGACCAAAGUGAAAACGGAAAAGAAGAAAAGGGUAACAGCGGAGAAGAAAGCGGGGUUGAAACCGGAAAGGAUGAAGACAAAGCUUCAGCGAUGAAUCUCACUUCAACUGCCUUCGACCUGAUAACACGAGAACUAAAAUGUCUCUCGUACUGGUUCGACGCAGACACCACAACGUAUCAUAUCCACGACCACGACCACGACCACGACGCCUCCAAUUCGCACCACGAACUCUUCGAUUCCAAGUACGACAUCCGCUUAUCGUGCGAUACACAGCACCGCCACACAACAGUCCUAGAAGGCGAGUCUACAGCCCUGAUUUCGCUGCUGAAGUAUCUGCGUAGCCACGAGUUGUUUCAUCUGGGGCGCUACAGCGUCGGCGAUGUACACGCUGACGAAGACGGAGUCAGGGAUGUACAGAUGAAGAUAGCGAGGAAUGAGAGGGUGUCUGGCCAUUUGAGUUGUGCGGCAGAGCGGGUGCUGGAGCGAGUAGAGCGUGUGCUUGAGGAAGGAAAAGAAGAUGUCAAGGUAAAGGUUGCGGUGGUGAGACAGGAAGUCAAGUCUCGCGUCACUUGA